UGCUUAGGCCGGUUGAUCUUCGGGGUGCAUGCCGCCAAGUGUCUCUACCGGGACGCGCUGCGAACAUCUGUCCUUGGUGAGAGCAUCUGACUCGUGUUCAACGUGUUCCGCCAAAGCAUACAAGCGAUGGUAGAGGCGGUCUGUUCGAAACUCCCUGAACACGAAUUCCCGAGUAAGAGGUGAUCUGCCUCCAAUCCACGUCCAGAACAUGUCCUCCCCUCCGCAGAAAGUCUCCCUCUACUCCGCGAAUGAUCUGAAAAAUGCCACCGACGACGCAAUAGCACCUUACCUCACAAGCCUCCCGAAACCCUACACAUUCAAACAACAGCACUAUACAACCAAUGUUCGUCUAAUCCUAGGUUACACCGCAGUCAUCAUCGCCGCCAUCCUAUUCUACGCAGACUGGAAACUCGGCUGGGAUGCAACCAAAGCGUACACCGGCCCUGCCUGUAUAGCAUAUUUCGUUCUCAAUGGCGCAUUGACGUACUGGAUCUGGGCGGUCGAGGCCGGGACCAUCUUCGUUGGCACUAGAGAGGGAGGACAGAAGUUGACCCUGAAAUCUUCGUCACAAAAGUACAAGCCACUAUACAAAUUGAAAGUCGCGUACCAGGCGCCCUCGGGCAAGAAAUGGGAGAACAAGGAAGUCGAAGGCUCGUUUACACAGUGGUUCAAUACGCAUGGGUAUUUGCAGAAGAAGGAGUUACAGGCUUGGCUGGCGGAGAACAUCGAGGUAUUAGGUGUUGCGAGGAGCGAAGGAAAGUCGACGAUCGAGGUCGAAACGCCAAUGACGACGACGGCAGCGAUUGACGACGCAACGCUGGCCGCAAUGUCUUUUUCCUCGGGCACCGAGAAUUCCUCGGCUCCUGUGACGCCCAGUGCGAAGAAGGGACGUGGGAAGAAGAAGACUUGAUUGAUCACAGGGCCAUGCAUGUCUGGCCCGAAGAAAUACUGCACCAAAUUGAUGUGCUUCGGACGAUGGACCUUAUCAGUCCUGUGACCUGUGGAGAGACUAGUCCUUCACCGUGGCUGAAGCUAGCCCCGAAAGAACGCCCAUGGUGGCCUCGCAGGCCCAAGCAAGCACGCCCUGCUAAUACGAGUGCGUUCGCCACCAACUGGAUUGCUCCGCGUGAUUAGGAAUGAACAAGGUCUCGGGAGAGAAAGAGGGCGGUCGGUAGAAGACGGACCUCUUCAUGGGGCUCUACAGAGUGCACCUGGAGGAGUAGGCCAGCACCAUAGCCAGGGUGUCAAGUGACAGCACCAAUGCGCCAUCAAUGAGGUCGAUCAACAUAGUCGUAUCGAAAGCAAGCUCUUACGAAUCAUCAAGAUUAUC